AUGGCGUUCAUCAAGGUAUCUGGGACCAAGCUCGUGGACAAGGAUGGCAAGGAAAUCAUCCUGCGUGGCGCUGGGUUAGGCGGAUGGAUGAAUAUGGAAAACUUCAUGACCGGAUAUCCCGGGACCGAGUAUCAGAUCCGGACUGCACUCGCGGAGGUUAUUGGACCCGAAAAGUCCGAGUUCUUCUUUGACAAGUUCCUCGAGUACUUCUUCUCUGAGGAUGAUGUUAUCUUCUUCAAGCAGCUUGGUCUCAACUGCAUCCGGAUUCCCUUCAACUAUCGUCACUUCGAAGAUGACAUGAACCCUCGCGUGCUGAAGACGUCCGGCUUCAAGCAUCUGGACCGCGUCAUCGACGCAUGCGCCAAACACGGCAUCUACACCAUCCUCGACCUACACACCGCCCCGGGCGGCCAGAAUACCGACUGGCACUCAGACGCCGGCACGCACAUCGCCAACUUGUGGAUCCACAAGGACUUCCAGGACCGCGUCAUCUGGCUCUGGGAGCAGCUCGCGGAGCACUACAAAGACAACGCGUGGAUCGCGGGCUACAACCCGUUGAACGAGCCGACGGACCCGAGCCAGAGCCGACUCAUCGAGUUCUACGGCCGGGUGCACAAGGCGAUCCGAAAGAUCGACCCGUACCAUGCCAUCUUCUUCGACGGCAACACCUUCGCGUCCGACUUCUCGCACUUCGGCGACGCGCAUAAGGACUGGGACAACACCGCGUACGCGAUCCACGACUACACCCUCUUCGGCUUUCCGGCGUCGCCCGAGAGCUACGUCUCGAGCGACGUGCAGAAGCGGCGGCUCCGGAGGAGCUACGAGAAGAAGCGGGAAUGGAUGGACCAGAACGGCCUGUGCGUGUGGAACGGGGAGUGGGGGCCCGUUUACGCCCGGAAGCAGUACGAGGGCGAGAGGACGGACGCGAUCAACACCGAGCGCUUCCGUGUGCUCAAGGACCAGCUCGAGAUGUACAACAAAGACCGACUCAGCUGGUCUAUCUGGUUGUACAAAGACAUCGGCUUCCAGGGCAUGGUAUACGUCUCCCUCGACACCCCCUACAUGAAGCACUUCAAGGACUUCCUCGCUAAGAAGCACCGCCUCGCCGUCGACGCGUGGGGCACGGAUACCUCCGCCGUACAACACAUCUACCAGCCCCUCAUCGAUCAUAUCGCGCAAGAGUUUGACGAAGAGCACCAGCACCUGUACCCCUGGCCGGUGUGGAAGAUGUCCGAUCGCGUUGGCCGACUCUCGCGCUGCAUCCUCGUCGCCGAGUACCUCGUCAAGGAGUGGGCGGAGCACUUCAAGGGCAUGGACGAGGCCCAGCUCGACGAGCUUGCGCAGAGCUUCAAGUUCUCCAACUGCCUGCACCGCGACGCGCUCAACAAAAUUCUCACCGAGAACGCCAGCCUCGUCGCGGAGCAAUGA